UUGCCCGAUGGAUGCUCUGGCAAACCGUGCGGUCCGCGCUCAGCAUCUCCACACUGCGUUCGGUUGAGCCCACAGAACCCAGAGGCACCUUGAUGAAACGGCAGGAGCUCCGAGGACUGUUGUUGCAAUGGAGUCGACGCUCUCACGGCUCGCACCGCGUCAGUGAUCCUCCACGCAUCUCGUCUGUUUUUAAAUGGCGCUCUGCAGGUCGCUGUGCUCCGUGGGCUCCUCUGCGCGUCUCUCCCCUGAAUCCUUUUAAUUUUCCUUUUUUUUCAUUUUUCAUUUUCAUUUGUUUUAUUUGAAAGUGCAAAAAAAAAGGGGGGUGGGUGGGGGGGAGGACUAACGGACCACCGGCUCGCCAAACUAUGAACGAGGAGAUGACAAAAAGCGAGGAGCAGCGUCUUAGUUUGCAGAAAGCCUUGCAGCAGUGCGAGCUGGUGCAGAACAUGAUAGACAUAAGCAUUUCCAGUUUGGAGGGUUUACGGACCAAAUGUGCCACAUCCAACGACUUGACACAAAAGGAGAUCCGGACGCUGGAGGGGAAGUUGGUGAAGUACUUCAGCCGCCAGCUGUCCUGCAAGUGCAAAGUGGCCUUAGAGGAGCGCAGCGCCGAGCUGGAGGACUUCCCUCGCCUCGGCCACUGGUUCCGCAUCGUCAACCUGAGGAAAGAGGUCACGCAGGAGAUGAGCCCGGGUGAGGUGACCCUGGAGGGCCUGCUCGAGAUGAAUGAGGAGCAGGUGUGUGAGCUGCUGCAGAAGUUCGGCGCCAACGAGGAGGAGAGCGCCCGACUCAACGCCUCCCUCUCCUGCCUCAGAAAGGCCCACCAGCUGGAGCAACUUGAGGAGGAUAAAUUGCACAGUAACGGAGGGAGCCAGGAGAAGCAGGACUGGUCCAUCCAGUGGCCCACCUCCGAAUCGGGCAAGGAAAACACUCCGGUGGGCCAGCCAGAGGCCAGUCAGUGGAUCCGGUUCCAGCUCUCCCAAAGCCCCAAAGUCCAGUCCAAGUACAACCAGCACAUGUGCCACAGCCCCCAGGCCCUGGCGCCCCCCUUGUACGUCGACCGACUCACCGUCGACGGUCCCGCCGCGGGGCUCUUCCCUCCCCUGGACUUCGGUCAUCGCUCCCUGCCCCCGUCCCCCCGCCAGAGGCACUUUGGCCACACGCCCCCCCGGACUCCCCUGGUCAUCAACACCAUGACCCCGCCGGGCACUCCCCCCAUGCGGCGGAGGAACAAAGUGAAAGCCCCGGGAACGCCGCCUCCGCCCAGCCGCAAGCUCAUCCAUCUGCUGCCGGGCUUCACCGCGCUGCACCGCAGCAAAUCCCACGAGUUCCAGCUGGGGAACCGCUUGGACGACACGCAGACGCCAAAAGCCAAGAAGAAGACCAAGCCCCUGAACCUUAAGAUCCACAGCAGCGUGGGCAGCUGCGAGAACCUGCCCGCGCAGCGCUCGCCCCUCCACACCGAGCGAUCCCUGCGAUCCUUCUUCUUCCCCUCCUUCAUCCCCUCCACGCCCCCGGUCCACGCCGACACGCCCUCUGCAAACACGCUCUCAGUGCCUCGCUGGUCCCCACAGAUUCCCCGUAGAGAUCUGGGAAACUCAAUAAAACACAGGUUUUCCACCAAGUAUUGGAUGUCCCAGACAUGCAUAGUGUGUGGAAAGGGAAUGUUGUUUGGACUGAAAUGUAAAAACUGCAAGCUGAAGUGCCACAACAAAUGCACCAAAGAAGCCCCACCCUGCCAUUUACUGAUCAUACAGCGAGGCGGACGAGAAUCUCUCAAAGAUCACCCAGGAACGACUCAAGUCGCUCGUCUGGUACGGACCGAGUCGGUGCCAUGCGACAUCAACAACCCGCUCAGGUACACAGACCUGCACAUCAGUCAGACGCUCCCCAAGACCAACAAAAUCAACAAGGAUCACAUCCCAGUCCCGUACCAACCGGACUCCAGCAGUAAUCCGUCAUCCACCACCUCCUCCACCCCGUCCUCUCCAGCCCCUCCCCUGCCCAGCAGUGCCACGCCCCCGUCGCCAUUGCACCCCUCCCCACAGUCAGCGAGGCAACAGAAACAGUUCAACCUGACAGCCUCCAGUUAUUUCAAAUACAAACAACAGUUCAUCUUCCCAGAUGUCGUCGCCCCCGAGGCUCCUCCCAGCAGAGCGCCGCAGGUCAUCCUGCACCCUGUCCUGUCUGAGCCGGGGACUGAGACCAACCCUUUGCUUCAAAUCGAAGUUGAAACUACAUCGGACAAUGAGGAAGGCAACGACGAGGACUCCGGCGACGAGUUCGAGGAGAUGAACCUGUCGCUGCUGUCGGCGCGCAACUUCCCGCGCAAGGCCAGCCAGACCAGCAUCUUCCUGCAGGAGUGGGACAUCCCGAUCGAGCAGCUGGAGAUCGGGGAGAUGAUCGGCAAGGGGCGCUUCGGCAAGGUUUUCCACGGGCGCUGGCACGGCGAGGUGGCCAUCCGCCUGAUCGACAUCGAGCGCGACAACGAGGACCAGCUCAAGGCCUUCAAGCGCGAGGUGAUGGCCUACCGCAACACCCGCCACGAGAACGUGGUGCUGUUCAUGGGGGCGUGCAUGAGCCCACCGCAUCUGGCCAUCAUCACCAGCUUGUGUAAAGGCAGGACGCUUUAUUCUGUGGUGCGCGAUGCCAAGGUCGUGCUGGAUGUUAACAAGACCCGACAGAUCGCACAAGAGAUGGUCAAGGGGAUGGGCUACCUCCACGCCAAGGGGAUCUUACACAAAGACAUGAAGUCCAAGAACGUGUUUUAUGACAACGGCAAAGUCGUCAUCACCGACUUCGGACUCUUCACCAUAUCUGGGGUUCUGCAGGCUGGCAGCCGGAGAGAAGACAAACUGCGGAUCCCCAACGGCUGGCUGUGUCACCUGGCCCCAGAAAUAAUCCAGCAGCUCUCUCCGGACACAGAGGAGGACAAGCUUCCCUUCUCCAAACAGUCAGAUGUCUUUGCUUUUGGCACCAUCUGGUACGAGUUACACGCACGUGAGUGGCCUUACAAGAGUCAGCCGGCGGAGGUGAUCAUAUGGCAGAUUGGCAGUGGGAUGAAGCCCAACCUCGCCCAAACUGGCAUGGGAAAGGAAAUAUCAGACAUUCUGCUCCUCUGCUGGGCGUUCAAGCAGGACGAGCGGCCCAGCUUCUCCAAGCUGGUAGAUUUACUGGAAAAGUUGCCAAAACGGAACCGCCGCCUUUCCCAUCCGGGGCACUUCUGGAAGUCAGCUGAGCUGUAACGGACGCAUCGGUGGGACCGUGUCUUUGCAUGAAGCUCGUCCUCAGCGCUGCUAACAUCUGCUCCACCGCCCACCUGCCCUAAACCACCCGCCCACCCUCCGCUUCUGCCCCACCCUGCUUCCACAACACCCCCCCCCCCCCAGCUUUCCUGCUCUUCCCCCUUCCCUGCUCCGGCUCUGACACAUGCACAUUUCCCCGACCUCAUGGACCCUUUAGCGGUCAGUGCGUGGCCCACUUUGCCAGAGUGGGCGAGAAAAACACACGCCGCAGACUUUCUAAAACAGAGAGGCCUUUCUCCACUCUAUGCCUGAAGCCCUCCCCCAAAACGACACCCGUCAUCUUUCUGUUGAGGAAUUGUCAACGUGCACACACGCCACCGACCAUUGCAAACUCAUCUCCAGCUGCAAACGUGUUCGUUACUGCCAUGAAUGUGCAACAUAUCAUUCUCAGCCUUGUGGCCCCCCGCCCCCCCCCCAGACACAUUUUCACAACAGCUCUGUUAAUGAACGCAAUCUGGAGUGUAGAAAUUAUGCAAAGGUUUUUGGACCCAUUGUUUAGAUCACCACCGUCAGUCAUUUCGAUCGCCUUGAAGGCCGUGUCACGUUUCAAAUAUGAACCAAUUCAAUACUUCAUUUCGACCCUGACAGAAAAAUGUAAACCUUUAUUUUUGAUCCCUUUAACUUAAAAAAAAAAAUCCACAAAUUUCAACAUUACACAUAAAAGUUUGCGUUGGCCGGCAAAGAGAUCGUUUUUUUUCUUUUUCUUCUUCUUCAUCUUUUUUUCCCGCAUUUGUGCCUGACACCAAAAAUCGGCCCGGGCCACAACAUUGUAAGUCUCCAACAGUUCACCAUGACGCAGCUCUCAGAGACGUCGCCUGCGCACUUAAACCGGGCCCGGCAGCAGCUGUACGUUUCAUUUCUACGUAAAGUCAUUGGUGCGGCGCAGGCGACGGCAGGUUGACCGCUGUGCAGUUUCGUGAAAUCGCCGCACGCCGCGUUGUGCGCGUCUGCCCAGCACACCAACAGACGCCUGCCGGUGGCCAAUGUGCGGUCAGUCGAACAAGUGCCUCGUCCGAGGGGCACCCCAGCAGCCGCGGUCGCCAAAGGGGGAAAAAGAGGGAUUCUUUAUUUUUUUUUGUCAGCCAGAUGAUCCCAGGAUUCGAACCAGUCUCUCUUGGGAUGCACACAGAUUGUGUGGACGUCCAACUCUGCAGGCUCCAAACCAAACGCCCCCUGAAAGCCACCCAUUGCCCCCUCGUGUCUGUAUCCGGAGUCCUUUCGUCCGUCGUGGAUGCGUCUUCCGCGGUUUCGCGGAGAAAUUGUUACACUGAAACUAAGCGGGGUUGUUUUUCUUUAUCUCGCGUGCAAAGAACAAGGCCGCACGACUUUGCUGAGCAAGCUUCACCAGAGGAAGAGCAGUGGAGAGCGGAGCGGCUCUAAACUUCCACAGAGAACACCUCGGUUUUAAUUGACUCAUUACACGCUCCGCCAACUUAGAGAUCAGCACACCCAUUUGUCUAGACUGACAAAUUAAUCUCUUUGCAGCGAGCGAAGAAAAAUAUAAAAUACCUGCCACACGAAUGUUAAAAUACCUCUAUUGAUAUUUGCAUCGGGGGGGGGGAGAUAUUAAAUCACCAAGGGAACAGAGACGUUUAUUUUCCAUAUCACAGUGCGCAUGCUGUCUGGGCAAAUUGAACGUUGUCACUAAAAUACAAAUAAUUGGGCGGGAGUUGUGUGUGUGUGUGUGUGUGCAUUUGUGCGAGUCGGGCGAGCUAAUAUAUAUCAUUCAGAUUCCCCCCCCCCCCGCGCACAUGUAGGUGUCAAAUGACCUCGCGGCAAUGCAAUUACAGUGAAGGAAAGACAAAGAGUAAUGGUGAACAUUUCAAUAUUUAUUUCUAUUUCACAGAAGGGCUGAUCCAAUGGAUUACUCGCCCCUGAAGGUUUUCUCGCAGCGAUCAAAAGCUAAAAUCUUUUUUUUCCCCCCUUUCUUUUAACAAACCUGCAACUUUGACAUAAACGUCAGAUUCUGAUUCGCUAAUCGGGGCGGAAGAGUAUUAGAUGCCCCUGACGACAGCAGCUCCUGUAAAUUUCAAUACAAUACUUAUGAUUUUUAGUGCGUCUCUUAUCGCUCUGCCUUUGGUAAAUUAAAAAUAAGUCAAAGUGUUUUGCAUCAUUUGUUUCAUUGACUCGCAUGUUGUGGUGGAAAGGGAAGGGGGGGAUAAAAAAAAAAAAUAGGAAUUGAAGUUUGCAAGGUCCUCUCCUAACCAGCCGUUGCUGUUUUCGUGCGGUCCAACGUAGACAACAUCCUUCACGAGAGCACAGUGUGGGCGCGAUAGACCCAUUUCUCUCCGCAAUUCAUCUUGACCUUCCCACGUGCGCCCGGCUAAUAGGACUCCGUUGAGAUCAAACGCGGUGGCAGGACAUCAAAAGAAAAAAAGAAAAGAAAAAAAAGAAUGGAUGUGAAACAGAAAACAUAAUUUAGACAACAAGAGAGCAGCAGACUGCGAAAAAGGAACUCCUUCCUGCUUCCCCCGUUCACCUCGUUCUUUCUGGCUCUGCUCGAAUAUUAACGGGUGGUACGAGCAUCGCGGCGGCGCACAGUCCCUCCGUGGAAGAGCUAGCUCUCCAGGACAAAUGCGUACGAAUCCAUGCAGAUGAGUAGAUACAAAAAAAACAAAACAAAGGUGGCCGCGGAAAAAUGGCCCCGGAAAAAUGGCCCCCUUUUCCCAAAGCGACCUGGUCCAUUGAAACUGUGUCAUUUCAAAAGAAAGACAUCAUGACAUCGGACGGUGACGGCUGCUGCGCCCCCCCCCCCCCCCGGAGAUCCUGGUUCAACAUGUUGUUUUUUAAAUAUUUUGGAAAGAGAAAAAGGCCGAGACGCCCCUGUGAGGCUGUGAGGCGAAUUCUGAGAUGCACGAUCGUCUCGGCACCGAGGAGGAAAGUCAGGAGAUAUUUUCCUCUUUUCCAUUGUUGUUCCAUCGGGGCAGGAAGGAACACCACGGAGCUCUCCUCUCUUUGACUGUUACACGAGGGGGCGCGGUGAAAGGGCUUCUCACUGCACUUCUGUCGGCAUGCAUUUGUUCCGCGCUUUGUUUGGAAAGAGAAAGGAAAGAAAAGGUGACUCCGUCUCUGUCAUCAUGAAAAUUAACCUUGAGAAUGUACAGAAUGAUGUCAAACACGUUCGCUACGAACAGAUUAAGCCUGAUUAUACAGUAUAACCUUUUUCUUUUUCUUUUGGGGGGGGGCUGACAACCGCUCACAGCUGGUCUAUAUUUUCAUUCACCUCAUAUAUUGCUGAUUCAAAUGUGCUCUGGAUCUAUAUUCAUCCUCUGACUGGAUGCCGUGUGAUGUACAGGAAGUAUUUUUUUGUCCAGGGCUCAUCCAUCUGUAAAACCACGCCAUUGUCAUCGUUCGCCUCAUUUGUUGCUCUGUACCCAAAAAUGCUUCUGCUGCAUCUUCUCCUCAUCCGGGGUUCCCGUCUUUCAUUUUGACAAAUCACACCAUCAACCUCACAUCAUCAUCAGCAUCAUCAUCAUCAUCAUCAUCAUCAUCAUCAUCCUUUAUGACCAACAUGCCUCAUUCAUCAUGUCAUCUGAAGCAACACGUGAUGCUGUCCCUCUCCUCUCGAGAGCAUAUCUCACCAUUGAGUCUUGUAACGGAUCUUCAUUUGUAUAAUUUGUACAGUAAAGUUUAUAACAAAAGAAGAAAGAGAAGUUUUCUACCCUUCCAGAAAUGGUUUAGUUUCUGCCGUUUAACUGAAUGUCGACUAAUUACGAUUUGCAGGCCUUGUUAUAAAGUUUGUGUUUCUUUUGUGUGCAACAUUUGUUCUACUGUCCAGAAGAGAAGAAGAAGAAAAAAAAAUGUCAAUAAAAAAAUUUAACUUUGAGUGAUACGUUU